GCGCUUCUUCCGCCCGGGCUCGUUCCCGCGCCGCCGUCCCGUCCUCUCGGCCUCGCUCGUCGCCGUCCCGACCGCCUUCACCUACUCGCUCCUGACGAGCGGGCCACCGUCCACCCUCGACGUCGAUGCCCAGUCGCUCUACUUCUCGACCAAGAACCCGCUCCGCAUGGACGCCCCGCCAGAGGGCACCCUCGACCGCCCCUCGACCAUGUGGACCCCGCCAUCGCGCGAGGAGAUGCUCCACAAGCUCGGCGCACCCGCACCCGCCUCGGACGCCGACCACGACGGCAAGGGCGGCAACAACUCGCAGCCCGACUCGAAGCGCGCCCAGGCCGACAAGGACACGUCGCUCGCGCGCCAGGGUCAGCAGGACUCGACCGGCAACACGGCCGAGCCCCCUCAUCACGACGACGGCGAGUUUGACCUCAUCAUUGUCGGCGGCGGCGCGACCGGCGCCGGCGUCGCCCUCGAUGCCGCCGCACGUGGCCUCCGCGUCGCCGUCGUCGAGCGCGACGACUUCUCGUCCGGCACGUCGUCCAAGUCGACCAAGCUCGUCCACGGCGGCGUGCGCUACCUCCAGAAGGCCGUCUUUGAGCUCGACUACGAGCAGUACAAGCUCGUCCGCGAGGCGCUCCACGAGCGCAAGACGUUCCUCCACACGGCGCCCUACCUGUCGCACUCGCUCCCGAUCAUGCUCCCCGUCUACACCUACUGGCAGAUCCCCUACUUCUUUGCCGGCACCAAGCUGUACGACCUCCUCGCGGGCAAGGCCAACAUGGAAUCCAGUUAUGUCAUGAGCAAGGGCAAAGCGCUCGAGGCGUUCCCGAUGCUCAAGGACGACGGUCUCACGGGCGCCGUCGUCUACUACGACGGCCAGCACAACGACUCGCGCAUGAACGUCGCGCUCCUCCUCACGGCGGUCCAGUACGGCGCCGUCGCGGCCAACCACUGCGAGGUGACGUCGCUCAUCAAGGACGGCGAGGGCAAGAUCAAGGGCGCCCGCAUGCGCGACGUCCUCACCGGUCGCGAGUGGGAGACCAAGUCCAAGGGUGUCAUCAACGCCACGGGCCCCUUCACGGACGGCAUCCGCUCGAUGGACAACCAGCACGCGCAGAACAUUGUCGCGCCGGCCUCGGGCGUCCACAUCACGCUGCCCAACUACUACGCGCCGGCCAAGAUCGGCCUUAUCGACCCGUCGACGUCUGACGGCCGCGUCAUCUUCUUCCUCCCGUGGCAGGGCAACACGAUCGCGGGCACGACCGACUCGCCGGCAAAGGUCGAGCAGCACCCGGUCCCCAAGGAGGAGGAGAUCGAGUGGAUCCUCAACGAGGUCCGCAACUACCUGAGCCCCGACAUCCGCGUCCGUCGCGGCGACGUCCUGAGCGCGUGGAGCGGCCUGCGCCCGCUCGUCAAGGACCCGAACGCCAAGGACACGCAGAGCCUCGUGCGCAACCACCUCAUCGACGUGUCGCCGACGGGCCUGCUCACCAUCGCCGGUGGCAAGUGGACGACCUACCGCGCCAUGGCCGAGGAGACGGUCGACCGCGCCAUCAAGGAGUACUCGCUCAAGCCCAAGCGCGGCUGCAUCACCAAGGACGUUCAGCUCGUCGGCUCGCAGGGCUGGACGCCCCUCAUGUUCAUCCGCCUCAUCCAGCACUUUGGCCUCGAGGUCGACGUCGCCAAGAACCUCGCCGAGAACUACGGCGACCGUGCGUGGGGCGUCUGCUCGAUGGCGCCGCCGACGGGCCUGCGCUUCCCGGUCCACGGCACCCGCCUCGACCCGGUGUACCCUUACAUCGACGCCGAGGUCACCUGGGCCUGCCGCCGCGAGUACGCCGCGACCGCCGUCGACGUCAUCGCUCGCCGCACCCGCCUGUCGUUCCUCAACUCGGAGGCGGCCCUCGAGGCGCUCCCGCGCGUCAUCGACAUGAUGACGACCGAGCUCGGCUGGGACGAGAAGCGUCGCGCCAAGGAGUUUACCGACGCGUGCGAGUUCCUCGAGAGCAUGGGCCUCGCUCGUGCGCGCACCGAGGGCUUGACGCUCGACGACGUGCGCGAGGGCCGCCACAAGGACCGCCGUGGCCACCAGGACGAGCUCACCUCGCGCGCCGUGUUCACGCCCGACGAGCUCUCGACUCUCAAGAAGCGCUUCGCCAAGAUUGACGCCGACCACGACGGCAAGAUCGACACGCAGGACCUGACCAAGACGUACCGCAAGCUCGGCUACUCGGACGUCGACGAGGCGACGAUCAAGAACGUCAUCAAGGAGGUCGACGUCAACCAGGACGGCGGCAUCUCGUUCGACGAGUACCUCGACGUCGCCGCCGGCGCCAAGCAGGUGCACCUGCACAACGCCUUCACCGACGUCGCGCUCCAAGGCCAGCUCGGCGACGACGACUCGGUCGACGCCGCCGCCGACAAGGGCUCGCAGCCCAACUCGCACCGCGGGUCGGGCGAACCGGCGCCGACCAAGGAGGGCGCAAAGAUCGAUUACUCGAACAAGACGCCGCCAGAGAAGGCCGGCGGCAGCUGGUGAGCGGGCGAGCGAGCGCCCCCCGAGUUUUGGAGAUAGACCCGCCCCAAAAAAGAGCUUGUGCAUACCCGCGACGAUAGAUCAUCCCUCCCCUCCCUCCCUCUCCCUCUCUCUACCUUUACUCCCUCCCCCUCUCGCUCUUUGCGAUGCAGUGCGUUUCUUCCUGCC